AAAAGCGUGUGUGUGUGUGUGUGUGUGUGUGUGUGUGUGUGUGUAAAAUGUGUCUUUCAAAGUGCUAAGAGGCCAAAGGGGAUGUUUGAUUAGCUACUCUCAGGAAGAGAGAAAAGGUGCUCAGCCCUCUAUUUUGUUUCUUUCUUCUUUAGAAUAAUUUUGCUGGAAUUUGUGAUGCAGAAAAGCUUUGGGGGGAAAGGAUAUUCUCUCGGUGUUGUGGAAAAAAUUUGAAAAAAAAUAUUGCACACUUCAAACAAGGGUGCCAUUCUGAUAUUUAUGGGAAUUGCUGUUCUCGCUAUGAAGGCAUCUGUUAUUGAAAUGUUCCUUGUAUUGUUGCUGAUUGGAACUUCUGGAUCUAAAGAAGUCACAAAAAAGAGUAAAAAGCCAAAAUUCUCUGUGCCUCAGAUCAACUGUGAUGUCAAGGCUGGGAAGAUAAUUAAUCCUGAGUUUAUUGCGAAAUGUCCAGCUGGAUGUCAAGACCCCAAAUACCAUGUUUAUGGCACUGACAUUUACGCAUCAUAUUCCAGUGUCUGUGGCGCUGCUGUUCACAGUGGUGUAAUUGAUAAUUCAGGAGGAAAAAUCCUUGUUCGAAAAGUUGCUGGACAAUCUGGAUACAAAGGAAGUUACUCCAAUGGAAUACGGUCACUGUCCCUACCCCGGUGGAGAGAAUCUUUCAUAAUCUCAGAAGGUAAACAAAAAAGAGGCAUGACCUACCCAUCAACUCUUGAAUAUUCAUCUCCUAGAAGCUCAGUUGUUGCUAAAACAGAUGAAACAACAAAGCCAUAUCAGAAGUCUGAAAUCCUUGUCUCAACCACGCCACUGCCAACUAUGACCAUCCGAGUGCCUGCCACCACCCCAGCUGAAGCCGUGAGCACCUCCCCCAACCCGUGGACCCCUCUGGACACCACCACCAUGUCCACCUCCACCAUCACUGUCAGACUUCAGCCUGCAGGCCACAGGAUCAGAGACAUGGCUAGAGAGACAGGCUUCUGGAAACCUGGACUGGCCCUUUUGGAUGCAGGAGCAAGGCCAAAUGAAGAAUUAAAGAUGAAAUCUGUGGAACCAGCAUCCAAGGGAGAUCCAAAUUGCAAAGUUGAUUUGUCCUUUUUAAUUGAUGGGAGCUGGAGUAUUGGCAAACGGCGUUUUCGAAUCCAGAAGCAGUUCUUAAAGGACAUCAGUCAAGCUCUUGAUAUGGGCCCAGCUGGUCCACUCCUGGGUAUUGUACAAUAUGGAAAUGACCCUUCCAUGGAAUUUAACCUCAAGACUCAUGUGGAUUCCAAGGAUCUAAAGGCAGCCAUAGAGAAAAUUUCCCAGAAAGGCGGGCUUUCCAAUGUGGGGCGGGCCCUUUCUUUUGUUACCAAAAACUUCUUUUCCAAUGCCAAUGGAAACAGAGGCGGAGCUCCCAAUGUGGCCAUAGUGAUGGUAGAUGGUUGGCCCACAGAUAAGGUGGAGGAGGCUUCAAGACUUGCCAGAGAAUCCGGAAUCAACAUUUUUUUCAUCACCAUUGAAGGUGCUGUUGAAAAUGAGAAGCAGAAUGUGAUAGAGCCCAACUUUGUGAACAAGGCUGUCUGCAGACAAAACGGCUUCUAUUCCUUCAACGUGCCGAGCUGGUUCAGCCUCCAUAAGAUCGUGCAACCCCUGGUGAAGCGGGUCUGCGACACCAACCGCCUGGCCUGCAGCAAGACCUGCUUAAACUCGGCCGACGUGGGCUUCGUCAUCGACGGCUCCAGCAGCGUGGGCACGGGUAACUUCCGCACCCUGCUCCAGUUCGUGGCCAACCUCAGCAAGGAGUUCGAGAUUUCGGACACGGACACGCGCAUCGGGGCUGUGCAGUACACCUACGAGCAACGGCUGGAGUUCGGGUUUGACAAGUACGGCACCAAGCAAGAUCUCCUGAACGCCAUCAAGCGGGUCAACUACUGGAGCGGCGGGACCAGCACGGGAGCCGCCAUCAGCUACGCCUUGGAGCACCUCUUCGGGAAAUCCAAGACCAACAAAAGGAAAUUAAUGGUCCUCAUCACAGACGGCAGGUCCUAUGACGACGUACGAGUGCCGGCCAUGGCUGCUCAUCAAAACGGGGUGAUCACCUAUUCUAUAGGAAUCGCUUGGGCAGCUCAGGAUGAAUUGGAAGUAAUCGCUACCCACCCUACCAAAGACCACUCCUUCUUUGUAGAUGAGUUUGAUGACCUCUACAAAGUUGUUCCCAAGAUAAUCCAGAACAUUUGUACAGAGUUCAACUCCCAACCACGGAAUUGAGUGAAAAACACCUCUGAACUGGUAGCUUCUCCAACCGUCAAACAAGAGCCACUGAAAUGUUUUUCAGAGGGUCCCUGGCAAAGAUCCAAAGGGUAUUAGUGCCAGGAUUCUUCAGACACCUUUCACCCUUAGGAAAGGCUCACUUAUUAGUUGGGUGGAGGUUCAUGCCUUUUUUCUUUUUCUUUCUUUUUCUUUUAUUUAGCUAGCUUCAAAACUUGGUGUUAGGUUGGGAGAAGGCCGACAUAUCUAGAAUGAGCCAAAUUGGUAAGUCCAUGUAUUUGGAAACUCAUGUUUCGUCAUCAGAAGAAAUGUUUUUUAUUAGAGUAGUGAAUCCAUGACAAGGUGAGGCUGGGCCUUUGGGCAGAUGAAUAUUUCCAUCAGCAAAUAUCUCUUAUUUUAAUUGUUGUGUUCACCCUGAGUCUGUGUCAUGAUCAUAGGAUUUGUUUUAUUAAAUGCUUAAAAAGUUAAUAUACAAAAUGGCCUGAUGUUGUGUCAUGUUUUCAUAAAAGUCCCACAUUUGUAUUUAUUUCUCACAGUUAGAAAGUUAUAGUGUCCUGUUUCUAACAUUUCAGAGCAUAUGAA